GUUCAUCCAUGUGUUGUGCAAAUCCCUGAUACUAUCUAGUUAACCUUUUUCCAAGCUUAAACAGGAUAGGCUGGCGUUGCAUGAGAAAAGAGGCAAAAGACGCCUGCCAUUGGCCACUCCCAGGACCACGGCCCAGAUGGCCGCAACGCAUGCUAGCUCACACCACAUGUGCGUGGCGGCAUGCCGUCUUGCGCCCGCUCUUUUCGUCCCCGCCUCGCGGAUAUAUAUUCACGCACACACACAAUGUCAGAGUCAGGCACACAACAAUUUGGCUAGGCAGUGCGUCGACAUCGAGGAGGAGGAGUCCAUUGCUCGAGCGGAGCAGCGGCAAUGCGGGGACCUGGCGGCAGCAGCACCAAGGCCUUCAAGCAGGGGUUCCUCAGGAGCUUCCUCCUGAGCCUGAGAUCCUGCGGGAACGGCGCCAUGGGCCUGCAAGAAAGGAAGCGCGCCGUCCGGUCGUCCGCCGACAUCGCCAUGGCCACCACCCGCGGCAACGGAGCCAUGUGGCCGCAGGCCCUUCUAGCAGCAGCAUCGUCAUCAUCUUCGCCGUCGUGGAGUAGGCGGUUGCCGGCUGCAGCCACGGCGAAGGCGACGACGAGGCGGAAGAAGGUGGCGAGGAGGUGCUGUCCCCAGAGGAGGACGACGGCGAGCAGCGGCGAGAUCGCGAGGAGGCUGGUGAGGAAGCGGACCAAGGUGCUGCGGGGGAUGGUGCCCGGCGGCGAGCUCCUCGACGGCGCCUCGCUGCUCCGCGAGGCCGUGGACUACGUCGUCCACCUGCGCGCGCAGGUCGCCGUGCUCCGCCGCGUCUCCAACGCCAUGCAACAGAGACCGUCGUCCCACCACCACAUGGCAGGGGCUGUUGCACCUGCACCGCCAGUGCAGUUGAAAACAGAGACGACCGGAGCGGCUCAAGCCUCGGAUGGAAACCAAGAAUAGCGAGGCCGCAGAAAUCAGGAGCCUCCGGGAGCGCUUGCGGAAUGGCCAAGAUCUUGUACUGUUCAGAGGCAUGAGAUCUAGGAUCUCGGAACUGCGAGGCAUGAGGUAGGAGGCAGGUGUUAGCAGCGGCUAGUUGUAGUGUCAGCGAGGCACAGAAAUUUUUGGGUGCACUAAUUUAUGGCCAGCCGGGGAGAUAUGCAGGUGCUGGGAAUUGCCAGCUCGAUCAUGCUUGUAAAAAUGGACUUGGAAUUCAGUUGUAUUCGCUUCAGUUCAUGCUGAUUUGUUUGUUUCGUCUUCCUUAUUGUCCUCUGUAAUAUGAUACCAAGGUCUUGUCCUCGGCGACGAAAAAUUUGUGUCGUCUGCUUGUUGGUGUUGUCCUAAUGUUGAUGUUCUAGUCUUCAUUGGUUGGACCGGUAUUCAUGAUGAAAAUCCUUAUCCCGCCUUCGGGUGGGUCUUGAUGAUGAUGACACAAAGGUGUACUGCCUUUUGA